GAGAAACAUAAGUUUCCACUAUAAUUUCUUUUUGAUAUGGCGUGAGCAAAAAUAAAGAAAUCAUUAGGGACGUUUUCGAAGCGACCAAACGGCCGUGCUUGUCUUGUGGAACGGCUGAUGAAAUAUUUCGAGCGUUGUGAACUCUUCCGCAGACUUGGUUUAUGAUUUGAGGUUAUGUUUUAUAUAUCUGUCAUUUAUUAUGAACUAGUAUUUUCAAAACAACGUGCUUUUUAAAAAUCACUUGAAAAUGGCUCAAGGAAAGUUGAAAGUUAAAACAAAAGUACCCAUGAAAGCAAAAAAUAAACAAAAGAAUACAUCAAUUAAACCACGAAACAAUCGUCCAGUAGCACCCAAAAAACAAAAGCUUCAAGAAGCUCAUAAAUUAAAAAAGAUUGUAACUAAAACAGUUAAUAAAGCUGUUGAACAAGAAAUUCGUGCUUUAGCUAGUUCUGAAGGAAAACAAAAAUUAUCAAAGGUUCAAGCUAAAGUCGCAGAAUUAAAUAAAAAAGCUUAA